AGGGUCCUCCACACCAUGUGACCUGUGACGUACAUAGAGAAAAAAUAUCUUUACUUCCGGUUUAGUAUCGUUUUCUAUGAUGUCGAUUUCACAGGGAACCGCUUUGAAGCUCUCUAAAGCCAAGAAGGUAGGAAAAUCAUAAAGAUCUUAUAAACGCUUUAAAGCACCCCAAUCUCCGUUAGAAAAUAAGUGCUUAAAUGAGAUUGACAAUGUAAACAAUGAAUGCGGGAAUAGAAGACUUGGAAGAGAAGGUCCUGCAGAAGGAAUUUAAACAAACCCUUACUGUUUUGCAACAGGAUCAUUCAUAUGUAACGGUUCCUGCUGAUGAACAUCAUGAACAUCCGUCUCAUUUACUAAGUAGCGAAGAUGAAUAUCAUGUCAGCGAAGACGAUGAUGACGAAGUUGACGAUGAUGACGAAGUUGACGAUGAUGAAGAGGAUGAUAUUUUACAAGAUGACAAUGACCUAAUAUCUCAUGAGGGGGAAACAGACUUUUCAAUCGAAGGCCGGAGAGUAGUGGAAUUGUCUCUCCUGGGCAAAAAAUUGGAUGAAGGAUGUUCAAAGUGUCAUUGCCCGUUAAAAUUAUCAUCAUGCAUUGGUGAGACAAGAUAUGGAUUAGGAAGUAAUCUUCACAUAAAAUGUGAAAUGUGUAAUAGAAUCAAUUACGUCCCAACAGGAAAGAAACAUGGAGGGACCAUAUGGGAUGUGAAUACUAAGUUAGGAGCAGCAAUACUGUUUUGUGGUCUUGGGGAAACCAUCAUAAACAAUCUGUUUGCUGCUCUGAAUCUCCCAUAUGUGUCUCCAACUACUUUAAAAAGAAGAGAAAGAGAAACAGGCCAUAUAUUUGAAGCUGUUGCAGAUGGCACUUGUGAUGCUGCAAUCAAAGAGGAAAAAGAAAGAUGUGAGGAUCCAGAAAAUUACACAGCUUCUUUUGAUGCUGGAUGGCAAACUAGAGGCAGUGGAAAAAAUUAUGCUAGUUUGUCAGGACAUGCAAGCAUGAUAGGACAUAAUACCGGCAAGGUCAUAUCCUAUUCUGUGCGGUGUAAAAAAUGUAGAUCAUGUGAACAGGAUGAGAAUAAUAAUGACCACGAUUGCCGUAAAAACUGGGAUAAGUCAGCAAAAGCCAUGGAGUCAGAUAUGGCAAUCCAAAUGCUUCAUGAACUGAAAGGAAAGGACUUUCAUGUCAAAAAUUUGAUUAUGGACAAUGAUGCCACUACAAUAGCUAAAGCUAAAUCUGAAUUUGAUCCUUCCAUCCAAAAAUUUGCUGACUUUAACCAUACCAAAAAAAAUUUUACAAACAGAUUAUAUGAAUUGAAGAAAAGCAAAAGGUACCAAAUUCUUGGACCCAAGACCAUUAAACAUUUAAGCAAAUGCUUUGCAUAUGCUGUUAAGUCUCAGACUGAUGGCACCAGUCUGAAAAAGAAUUUAGACUCCAUACCAUAUCAUAUAUUUGGAGACCAUUCAUUCUGUGAUAUACAAUGGUGCAAGUAUAUGGAAGAUCCUGAUAAUUACAAACCCCGGAAUCUUCCAUAUGGAAAAUAUUUAUCUGGAGAUGAUUUGCUUUCAGAUUUAAAGGGAGUAUUUUCCAUAUUUUCCAACAAUGCUGAAAAACUGUGUAAGAUGGGUAGUACACAAAGCAAUGAAAAUUUUAACAGAGUAGUUGCUGCUAAGAAUCCAAAGACACAUUUCUAUGGUGGAUCAGAAAGCACAUCUUUCCGUGUUGCAGCAGCAGUGGCACAGAAAAAUAUUGGACAUGAUUCAUUGUCAAAGGUGUUUGAAGGCCUGUUACUUUCUCCUGGAAAAUGCACAGACACCCAUGUCAACAGGAUGAAACGAAAACGUGAAAAAGAAAGAAAUAGGAAAAACAGUGUUGAUUUUAAGAGAAGACGGUUUCAACUGAGAAGUGCUAAAUCAAGUCAAGUCUUCACGUCUGAAAUCAAAGAAGGGCCAACUUAUGAGUCUGGUGUUGACCUUUCUGAAAAAAGCACCAGCUUGGAAGAAAUUCCGGAUAUUGCUCCAGCUCCUUCUUUGGAGAGCUGUAAUCCUAUGCCCAACUGCAGUUUUCUAUAUUUUGAUUUAGAAACAACUGGCUUUGGACCGACUGCUGAAAUUGUACAGUUAGCCUGUGUUUGUGGAGAAGAGAGCUUCAAUAGAGGUAGAGAAAUUUGUGAGUAUGAUUUUAUAUUUCUUUGUGGCAUGUGACCUGCAGACAAAAGUAAGUAUGUGUAGUCAUAUAACAGCUUUGUUUUUAUUUUUUCUUCAUUAAUUCAUAUUUAUUUCAUAGCUUUUCAUUUUUCCUUUUCAUUUAUGUUGUUUUAAUUUUUUAAUUUGCCUGUUAAUAAGUGUCUGUAUUUGUUUGUGUAUGCAAAGUACAUGUCAUUUUUGGGAUAUAACCUGCAGUAAAAAGUAAGUAUGUGUAGUUAUAUAACAGCUUUGUUUUUGUUUUUUUUUAAACAUCAAUUCAUAUUUAUUUUAUAGCUUUUCAUUUUUCCUUCUCAUUUAUGUGUUGUUUUAAUUUUCUGUGUUGCCUGUAGUGUCUGUAUAUGUUUGUGUAUGUAAAAUACAUGUUCUUAUGUCAUCAUCUAUCUGUGUACUGUGCAUGAAACUUUCCCACUUUAUAGCAUAUGAUAAUUUUUUUUUAUAAUCAUCAUCAAUACAUUAAUUAUUUCAAUUGAUUGGUCUACUUUCAUUAUUUAUUAAGCAUCAAAAUAAUUAACAGUUAAUUUUCUUUGGAAAAGUCCAAUUCACUUGCUCAGAUUUGCUUAAAUGUAUCACUGAGUUGCUUUUCUGUGUGUCAUAAAUGUUACAAUAAUAUUUAUACUUCUUUUUUCAUGUUAAAAAGUACUAAAAUGUUCUGUUUAAAAUGCGGUGUCCACCCAGUGUAUUUGAGACCUUGGUAACAGGAAAGAUAACUCUUAAAAAGGAACUUUGAAACUAUGAAUUUUGAAAAUAUUUUUUUAUUUAUAAUUUGCAUCAAAUUUAUUCAAUUUCAUGUGAUAUUUCAUGUCAUGAACUUCUAUUGUAUAUUUUCAGAAGGUUAUCCAAAUAUUUCAGGUGCAGAUUUAAAAGAAAAUGCCUUAUUUCAUUUUUAGAUGAUUUUAUUAAUUUUUAAUAAAAAAUUGAUGACUUCAUAAAUUCUGUUUUUGUUAUUUUUUAAUGAGAUAAGUAAUAACUAGGGGGAUAAAAAUAACCGGUAGGUGCUAUUAAUGAAGACUUGUUGAAAAAAAAAUUAUUUAUACUUUUUGAAUAUUUUCUUUAAAAAAUCAUAUAAAAUAAAUAACAACACCUAUUCAAUUCUAAAUGAUUGAUUUGCUUGCUAAAUGAUAUGCUUUUUAAAAUAAGAACACAAGUUGAAGGUGUGUGGAGGACCCUUAAACUAA